AUGGAUUAUUACGAAGAAGAAGAAAGUUAGAUUAAAAAUGUUAUAUCACAUAAAAAGAAUGAGUUUAGAGUAGAAAUUAGAAGAAAGAAAGUUUAAUAAGAACUUUAAUCAAAGCGUUUGAAGAAUAUACAUUAGUCAUAUAGCAAGUUAUUUGAAAAUAAUGGUUACUAAGCUUAGGAUGAUGAAAAUUAAGAAUAAUAUUCAUAAAAUAAUUAAUUAUAUUAAGAUCAAGUAAACAACCAUGGUAUGGAGGAUAUGACUUAAAAAGACAAUAGAGCAAAUGAAAUACCAAACAUCUUAGAAAUAUCAGGGGAGUUGAAUAAGGUAAUGCAACAGUUAUAGGAUUCUCAUAAAAUGAAAGAUAUUAUAUAAUGCUAAGAUAUAAUGAAAUAGCUUUAUGAGUGGAUAGAUCAUUAUUGUAAAAAAGAAGUAAUGGUUGAAGUGACAUCCGUUUUAAAUUUAAUGAUUUAGUCUAAUUUACAUAUAUUCUGCUCAGUAUACACAUCUUAGAAGUAUUUACAAUACGAAGACCUUUAGAUUUAUAGUUAUUACAUUCUAGCAUAGCUUUCAUGCAUAAUAAAUAAAUAGAAUUUAAAUGAAAUGGUAGAGAAAAAUAUAUUUAAUCACUUUAUCGAGGCUCUUCAAUACUCAAAAUCGUCAAAAAUUAUUGAUAAUCUUUUCCACACUAUGGGUAAUCUUGCAGGAGAUUCAAAAUUUGGAUCAUUUUUUUGUUCUGAGUUAGUUGAUAGAGAUAUAGUGACUGCAGUAUUAAGUGUUAUAGAAGAAAGUACAGAAUAAGAUAUUGAAAGAUUUAAUGAUUCACUCUUAUUUUUUAUUUGGAAUUUCAUUAGGUAUAUUCCUGAAGUGCAAAGGGAAGAAACAUAUUAAUUGACACCUUUAUUGUUGUUGUUAUUGAGAAUAACAGACACUGAUUCUAAAAAAAAAUAUGUCAUAGAAUGCUUAAAUCAUUUAAUAUUAUAUGAUUCUUCAAAUAUCUCUGUUUGCACAGAGGAUGAUUAUAAUACGUUAGCAUGGUUAAUUUAUAAUAAUAAAUCGUUAAUAGGUUCAUCUCUCACUUUACUUAAUACAAUUGUAAGUGAAUGUUGUGAUGAAUAUAUUAAAAAAUUAGUUGACAACGGAGUAUUAAUUUCAAUUAUUAAAGUAAUCGAAUCUGGUAAAGAAUCACACAGACAAACAGCAGCUUUUAUUCUUUCUAAUAUUUCUUGCAUUCCAGAUUAGGGUGUUUAAGAUUCAAUUCUUGAAGAGAAAAUCUACAAGCCAUUAAUGAGGAGUUUAAUGGAUGAUUCUUCUUUUAAAGUAAAGAAAGAGUUAGGCUUCUUUUUAGGAAACUUAGUUAGUAGCGCAACAGCAGAAACAAUUAUAACCUUAAUAGAUAAAAAAAGUUUAUUAAAUUUUAUAGAAAUGCUAUUUACUAAAUUUAAUUCAGAUAUUGAUUUGAUGGUAGUAGUUAUUUAAGGUUUUUGCUCUCUUUUUAAGUAAAUUACCUUGUUUACUAGUAAUUAAUAAUUUAGAAAAUACAUGAAGUAGAUUUAAGAAAUCGGAUUAUUUACAUUAAUUGAGUAAUUUACUAACCAUUAAAAUUAAGAAAUUUCACAAAAAGCAGAAGGUUUAUAUAAUGAACUCCUAGAACAUAGCUUAAUAAGUGAGAAAAAAUGUUUAGAAAACUCACCUACAAGAGCUAAAAAUAUGCCUAUUUCUUUUUAUAAUGCAAGAAAUACUAUAUCUGAGCUAUAAAAUUAAACAAAUGGUGAUAUCUUCAAGUUAUAUAUUUAAAACAAUUGCUUGUAAAAUCAAUAAUCAAAUAUAAUAAGUAGUAGCUAGUAAUAAUAAAUUAGUAAUAACUAUUUCGAUACAAAUCAUGCAUAAUAAUAAUAAAUAUACAACAAAAAUUAGAUGAUAUAAGAAUGA